AGCUGUUGCGUAAAGCGUCGAUUGCCGAGUCAUGGAUAGCUGUUGUUUAACUCCUGCUACAAGGACAACCACCUAACCGGUAUGAGAGGACACACUGGGCGGCAGCAUGGCACACACAUAGCCAACGUUAAAUAUCAUCUACGCCUUUCUUGUUCGUCACGUUAUAAGCUGCUGUUUGCGUAGAAGACUGGUAGAGCUAACCCAAACAGCUAACAGCUAAUGUUUGCUAGCUCCUCUCACUGACGUCUGUUAUUGACAAGUGGAGGGUCUUUGGAUUCGUGGAGGCGCCUGUGAAGUUGACAGCAACCCCAACACUUAAGCUGCAACCAUGGUGUUCAUGCACAGCUACUGUGAAUCCAAUUCCUCCAUUUCCAGGACUUGGGUGGAUGAAGGCAUCUCCCCUUGCUUCUACUUCACCCUGGUUCCAACUAUUCUCCUGACAGUAGCCAUCUUCCUCGGCACUCUCCAUUGCAUAUUUUACCAGAAGUAUGGCACAGCAAUGGAACCUAAGUUCAUCCCUCGCUCCUGUCUUUACGCAUUCCAGCAGAUCACCUCUGCUGUUCUCCUCAUCCAGUUUCUGGGUGGGGUGAUCUGGCGAGCUGCUAGUGGUGGGGAGCUCCCAGGUUAUGUUGUGCUUUAUGGCUGCUUUUCUGCAGCGGCAUGGGCUUGGGCUAUAGCUUUGCUUAGGGUGGAGAGACGUAGGGCUCUGCUUAUGGACCGGACAAGAGGACACAGCGCGGCCCUGCUCUUGUUCUGGGCUUUGGCAUUUUCAGCUGAGAACUUGGCCUUCAUCUCCUGGUACAGUCCUCACUGGUGGUGGGGUCUGGAUAACAACCAAGAACAGGUACAGUUUGCCCUAUGGCUCAUGCGCUAUGUUGGUACCGGGUUGCUCUUCUUCAUUGGCCUCAGAGCUCCAGGGUUGCCACAGAAACCUUACAUGUUGCUUAUCAACGAAGAUGAGCGAGAUGUGGAGCAGAGUGGACAGAGCUUGUUGGGUGGAACGGAUCCAAACCAAUCGACCUGGCAGGGUUUCAGAAAAAAGGUCGCUCUGCUUGUUCCGUACAUGUGGCCUCGUGGCAGCAUCCUCCUUCAGCUGCUGGUCAUCUUCUGUUUGGGGCUGCUGGGAGUAGAGAGGGCUAUUAAUGUCUUUGUACCAAUUUACUACAAGAAUAUUGUAAAUGAACUAACUGAUGGCAGCAGCUGGCAUACUCUUGCCACCACAGUGUGCAUUUACGUCCUCCUCAAGUUUCUGCAGGGUGGAGGGGCAGGUUCCUCAGGGUUUGUCAGUAACAUGCGCUCUUUUCUGUGGAUCCGAGUGCAGCAAUUUACCAACCGUGUCGUUCAGGUCCGAUUGUUUGCACACUUGCACUCCCUCUCUUUGCGCUGGCACUUGGGGCGCAAAACGGGCGACGUCCUGAGAAGCAUCGACCGUGGCACAUCCUCCAUUAACAGCCUGCUCAGCUACAUAGUGUUUAGCAUCUUCCCAACCAUAGCUGAUAUUGUCAUUUCCAUUAUCUACUUCAUCACUUAUUUCAAUGCGUGGUUCGGGCUCAUCGUCUUCGUCUGCAUGACUCUCUACCUUACUCUGACCAUCAUCAUCACGGAGUGGAGGACCAAGUACAGACGAGAGAUGAAUCAACAGGACAACAACGCCAAGUCAAAAGCAGUGGACUCGCUGUUAAAUUUUGAAACGGUGAAAUACUACAAUGCAGAGAACUAUGAGGUCAGCCGUUUUGAGGACGCCAUCUUAAAAUAUCAGGAGUCUGAGUGGAAGACACAGGCCUCCUUGGCCUUCCUCAACCAAACACAGAAUUUAAUCAUUGGCUCAGGCCUGCUUGCUGGCUCUCUCCUCUGUGCCUACUUUGUGACUGAAGGAAAAUUUAAGGUUGGGGACUUUGUUCUUUUUGGUACCUACAUAAUUCAGCUGUACACCCCCCUCAACUGGUUUGGAACGUAUUACAGAAUGAUCCAGAAUUCCUUCAUUGACAUGGAAAGCAUGUUCAAACUUUUUGAAGAAGAGGAAGAGGUGAAAGAUGAAGUCAAUGCAGGCAGUCUCCUCUACAAGCAGGGAAAAGUGGAAUUUGAGAAUGUUUAUUUCAGCUACACUAAUGGCAAGGAGAUUCUCAGGGAUGUUUCCUUCACUGUUCUUCCAGGACAGACAGUCGCCCUGGUGGGACAGUCAGGGUCAGGAAAGAGCACCAUCAUUCGACUUCUGUUCCGCUUCUAUAACGUUCAGGGAGGCUGCAUUCGCAUCGAUGGACAGGAUAUAUCAAAGGUGAAGCAGACAUCACUGCGAGCUCAUAUUGGUGUGGUUCCCCAGGACACUGUGCUGUUUAACGACACUAUCCGGGAUAACAUUCGCUACGGUCGCAUCACUGCUACCGACCAGGAGGUGGAAGAAGCUGCCUUAGCUGCUGAUAUCCAUGAUAAAAUCAUGGCCUUCCCUGAAGGUUAUGAUACACAGGUGGGUGAAAGAGGACUGAAGCUGAGUGGAGGAGAAAAGCAGAGGGUGGCUAUUGCCAGAACUAUCCUCAAAGCCCCACAGAUCAUCCUACUGGACGAGGCUACAUCUGCACUUGACACACAGACAGAACGCAACAUCCAGGCCUCACUGGCUAAAGUCUGCGCCAAUCGUACAACAAUUGUUGUAGCUCACAGGUUGUCCACCAUCAUCGGGGCAGACCAGAUCCUGGUUGUCAGCGAGGGUCGCAUCGCUGAGCGUGGACGACACGAGGAGUUACUUCACAAGGGAGGCCUGUACGCCGACAUGUGGAUGAAGCAGCAGCAGGCCCAGGACUCGGACUCAUCGUCAGACACAGAAGCCAAAGACCGCAAGUCUGAGAAACUACAACCACCAUCCACAUCUUCAGGCCACCACAGCCACUGAAUGUAUUUAUUGUUUUGUUUUGAAAUCAAACUCUGCAUUUUAUGCUUUCUUUAAUUGUAUAUUUAAUGUUGACAUAUUAAAUGACACUGACAUGAUGGGACACAUAGCUAGAGGAAAAAGUGUUUUUAGUUUUGCAUCAUAAAAUGCAAUGAAAGCUAAAUAAGGGAACAUGCCUUAAUACAACUACAGAGAUAAGACAACUCAAACUAUCAAGUGUACCAAGUUUAUCAACAAAGAGGUUAUGAUUGUGUAAGUUUUUAUCUAGGGGCAAAGGAGCAACAAGAUCUAAGUAUUACUACAUGAUAAAAAACAAGUCAAGGCACUUGUGACUGUGUGUUUGUCAACUUAAAGUUUUAUCAGGGUGAUGCUCUGAUUUAGUCACUUUUGAAGUUAUAUUUCAGUUUGUAGAAACUCUCCUGCCAUCUUUUUAAUGUUGUUUGACUUUGUUUUGUAUAUUAAAUUAUAAGUAUUCUCAGUUUGGGCUGUCAGAUUGCUAUUUUCUUUCUUUCUAGAAGUGUCAUAAAUCUGAGCCACUGAUGAGUUAGAGAAAUAAGGGAAAGUUGUGGGGAAAACAGUGACUAAAAAAAGACUUGCACUGCAUUGUCAACAUUAAAUUGUGUUAGACUGAGGGGCUGUCGAUUCUUUUGCUCACUGAUUUAUCAAAGGGUACAGAUAAAAAUGGGAUGUUAAGCUGUCAGGGAUUUUUUUUACCAAGCUAUUGUCCAUUUCUGAGCUUUGCUGUUAUUUAUGAUAUGUACAUAAGAUCACUACGGUGGUGUGUUCUGUCUGCUCUUUCUAUCAUAUUAAGUUUUGUAAGAAAAAAAAAAAAAAAAAAAAAUAGAAGUCAAGUUACAAUAAUCUUGCAGUGCUGUACAAUUCUAAAACACUUUUCAACUUGUACAUGUCAAAGUUUUUAGUUGUCAAUUAUAUUUGUGUUAUUGUUGCAGUGAAUGAAAAUGUAUAAAAUUACAUAGUAGUCAUGCUGGAUUACCAAUGUAUCAGUACCACCAUUACGCAGCAGUUUCAGUAUAAGCUUUUACUGUAAUAAACAGUUUAUGAAUGAGAAUAAGCCAAUAAAGUUAUUUCAACUUGUUUUACCUCA